GGGGGCUCGGGAUUUGUAGUCCCGAGCGGGGCCCGCGGGGCGCGGACUCCAGGUCCCGGCGGGCGGCGCGGCGCAGCGCGGCCUAGGGUCGGGGCGUGGCCGCCGGCCCUUUAAACCUGCAAGGCCUGUCUGAGGGCCGCAGCCCGGGAUGGCGCCACGCAGGGGCUGAGUAGUGCGCGGCAGCCGCAGGGCUUUCUGGGGAGGCAGGGGCAGUUGAUGGUUUUGGCGAAGUAUCUUAAGGUAGCUGGUCCUGCCCCCUUCUCCCCACCUACCUCUCGCCAUCCCUCCCACACCACUACCACCCUGGCUCCCCUCCCUCAUGACCGCCUGGAUCCUCCUUCCUGUCAGCUUAUCAGCAUUCUCCAUCACUGGCCUAUGGACUGUGUAUGCCAUGGCCGUGAUGAACCGCCACGUGUGCCCUGUGGAGAACUGGUCCUACAACGAGUCCUGCUCUCCUGACCCCACUGAGCAAGGGGGUCCCAAGACCUGCUGCACCCUGGACGAUGUCCCCCUCAUCAGCAAGUGCGGCACAUAUCCCCCAGAGAGUUGCCUCUUCAGCCUCAUUGGCAACGUGGGUGCUUUCAUGGUGGCCCUGCUCUGCCUCCUGCUGUACGGGCAGCUCCUGGAGCAGAGUCGGCAUUCCUGGAUUAACACCACAACACUCAUCACAGGCUGCACCAACGCUGCAGGCCUUGUGGUGGUCGGAAACUUUCAGGUGGAUCAUGCUAAGUCUCUGCAUUACAUCGGAGCUGGUGUGGCCCUCCCAGCCGGGUUGCUGUUUGUCUGCCUGCACUGUGUCCUCUCCUACCAUGGGGCCACCGCCCCCCAGGACCUGGCUAUGGCCUACCUGAGGAUUGCGCUGGCAGCCAUCGCCUUUGUCGUCCUGAUCCUCAGUGGUGUCUUCUUCAUCCACGAGAGUUCUCAGCUGCAGCACGGGGCGGCCCUGUGUGAGUGGGUGUUUGUCAUCGACAUCCUCAUUUUCUACGGCACCUUCUGCUACGAGUUUGGGACAGUCUCCACAGAGACACUGGUGGCUGCACUGCAGCCUGCUGGCCGGGCCUGCAAGUCCUCCGGGAGCACUAGCACCUCCACUCACCUCAACUGCGUCCCUGAGAGCAUAGCCAUGAUCUGAGGUCGGGGGAGGGUGGCUGGCCCAGCCUCCACUGCUCCCCACCCAUGUCUUAUUUGCGUUUAUUUUGUACCAAAAACAA